CACGACGAAACUGCAACGACGCGAUACUUCAGGGCACAAACCAUGGUGGACUUGGUGCCGGGUGGUUUGUCCCGGACGUGCGGCCACCGGCAGCGGUGGGUCCCUGCGUUCUUGUGGUGGGUCCUCCUGCUCUCGUCCAGCGGGCGGCUACCACAGCGGCACCACACGCAAGAGGGACCACCGCGGGGGAAAGGGAGACCCCCGGCCGUUUCCGUUUCCACACCGGGGACGGGCCCCUGUUCCGUCCUCGGGUUUUCGGCCACCCCGGUGGCACCGGCCCGCCGGAACCGUGCCUCCGGUGGCGAUCGCAGACGCGGGGGCCGCUCCGGGGGAUCCCUUUCCCGCGUCCACGGUUCGUUCCGGCCGCCGCCGACGGUGCUCCCGGGGAGCCCGGCCGGGGAAGACCCGGGGGUCGAACCGGAAAGGGCCACUGAUACCCGCAUCGAAGAGGUCUCGAUCGAGUUCUGCCCGGGGUGCCGCUGGGGGCCGAGGGCCUUUUGGACGGCCACGGAGCUCCUGUCGGUCCACGGAAGCGAAGGCGGAAGCACGGACACGGACGCGGGCAAUGCUUGUGCUCCGGGCCGGAUCGGGGGCGUUUCGGUGGUCCCGGCGGAUCCCGGGGUCUAUCGGAUCACCGCCCGGGUCGGGGGCAGCGAGGGGUGGGUCCUCUUGUGGGACCGGGCCACCGAGGGGGGGUUUCCCCCGAUGGACGGGAGAGCCCUCGCGGAGCGGGUGGACCGGUGCCUCGCGGGGGACCCCUCCUUCCCGCCCCUUGCCCCCCCGGAGGAUGGCGAAACGUCGGCGCCGGUGGCCGUCGUCUCGUACUGCCCGGGGGGCCUCCCGGGCUCGGGCCUGCGCAGGGCCUCCUACUACGGUCAGGAACUCCUGGCGACCUUUGCCACCGGGGAGCUGGCCGGGGUCUCCCUGCGGCCGCACGCCGGCGAUCCCGGGAACCUCAGGGUCGGCCUGGAGGGGAGGGACGACGGAGAUCCAAACCGGUGGCUCUGGGACGCACGGCUACACGGCGGGGCCUUUCCCCAGCCCAAGGACCUCAAGCGGUUGGUCCGGGACGUGGUCGAUCCCCGGAAGGACCUGGGGCACUCGGACGUCAGCCGCGGGGCCGGGGGAGCGGCGGCAUCCGGGCCCGCCAUGGAAGCAGACGGCGGCGAGUGCCGUUCCUGCGAGACCAGCGACGCGGGCAGCAAUAGCAACGGCGAAAACGAAAACGACGAUGGCGACGACGAACACAACGACGACGACGGCAACAGCAACGAUGGAUUCGGCUUCAUGGACGACGACGAUGCCGAAGAAGCGCGGCGGUAUUUUGGGGUCAUGUAGCACGAGCCGUGGCCUCGGUGUCUUUCCAACAAUACACUACGACGCGAUGCGAUAAACACAUUAGUUGAAA